AUGCUCCCCUUCCCCGUUCCUCCGGCUCCAGACGAAAUCUUCUGCGCCCCCGUUCACGACGAUCAGAUGAGCGCGAACGGGUGUGUGAGCUGGCAGCUGCUCUCCGUCUCACUCCAUCGGACUCCGUCGGUGGGUUUCGGGAUUGCGAUCUCGGGUGGACGAGACAAUCCCCACUUUACAUCUGGCGAGCCGACGAUCGUCAUCUCUGACGUUGUACCCAACGGGCCCGCCUGGGGUCUCUUACAAGUGAACGACCGCAUCCUGUCGGCCAACGGGGUAUCCUUCGAAAAUAUCGACAACAAUACGGCUGUCGAGAUUAUUAAGCACGCCGAGCUGAUCAAUAUGAUCGUGAAAAGGCGCGUGGCGAUGCCGGUCAUGGAAUUCGAGCAGCGAACCCUCAAAUUUACGCUCACGAAAUCGCGGAAAAAGGACGAUUUCGGCAUCGUGCUCGGAUGCAAAUUCUACAUUAAAGAGAUCCGGAACCCGAAAUUGGCUGAAAAGGAUCCUGGACUCCGCGAAGGUGACGCUAUCGUUCGGAUAAACGGGCAAUCGGUGGAGGGAGCCAGUCUCGAAGAGUGUAAUAAAUGGCUCGACAGGUCUCGCGACAAACUCUGCCUGGUCAUCCAGCGUGACGUUCGACGUGGUGCCUCCAGAUGGCCGUCACAGAAUACGGUAUACGAACGUGUGGGAAGUGUGGGAGCAACACCUCGGCAUAGCCCAUCUCCUCUAACUCAUCCAAAUCAGCAGACAACGCUAUCGCAGAGAUCUUCACAUGAAUAUAUUAAUAGCCCGAAAUGGAGACCGGAAGGGGGAGGAUCCAUUGCUACUGAUGAUUCGCAUAGAAGAGUCUCAUCCCCAGCCACCAGCAUAGCCUCACCCGCCGAAUACGACUAUUACCUCCGAAGUCAAAAGGAUGAUGUCGGACUCCGAGCAAUCACCUUUAGAAAGGUUGGCGGAAGUGUCGGUAUUCGCGUAGUUGGUGGCAAUGAAGUGGGUAUCUUCGUCUCAGCCGUGGCAGCCGAGUCUCCAGCUGCCCUUCAUGGUGUCUGUUGUGGGGAUAAGAUCAUCGAGGUGAAUGGGCGGAGUAUGAGAGGGGUGACGAGAGAGGCCGCUGUUCAGCUACUUUUGGCGCUUGAUGAUCGGGUGACGCUACGGGUAGAACACGCCCGCGCCGAGUUCGAGCAGGUCAGAAACAACCAGCUGGGCGACAACUUCUUCAUCCGCGCCCAUUUCUCCAAAGAUAAGAAGGGUAGCCCCCUCGAAUUGGCUGUCAAUGAGGGCGACAUCUUCCACGUCACGGACACGCUAUUUGGAGGCACCGUGGGUCUUUGGCAAGCCGCCAGGGUCUAUUCGGCUUCUACAGCAAAAGGAGAGCCGAUAAAAGGAGUCAUUCCCAAUCAGAUAACGGCUGAAGGGAUGGCGAGAGAGCAACGGAGACAACAGGCCGAAUCUCAGAAGAAGCUCGGGGCUGGCGGGACGUUAUUGAGGCGGUUGGAUGCGAGACGAACGAAAAGCCUCCCCAAGAAUGUGUUGUGUGACCCAGCCGAAGCAGCAGCCAGCGUACCACCACCUGCCUAUGAACGAGUCGCACUCAGCACACCUAGUUUCCCGAGGCCUCUCGUCCUCCUCGGCCCCCUCGCCGACAUGGCUCGUGCUCAACUCCUUUCUCACUACUCACUACGCUUUGCCGGUCCUCCGGAUGGUAUCGUAAGAUUAGGAGCAGUGGACCAGUUGAUUGCCGCUGGAAAACACGCGGUUUUGGAUAUUUCGGUAGAAUCGAUCGAACGCCUCCAACUCGCCCAAUAUGCCCCCAUCGUCGUUUUAAUCGAUGUGGACGGAAGAUCGAGGAUACGGGAGCUCCGCAAAAAAGCGAAUGCGCCCCAUGUAUCCAGCAGAAAACUGGCAGAACAAUCAUCAGCUAUCAAGAAACAUCAUGCACAUCUGUUGUCGGCUACGGUAGAUGCGAGUCAAGAGGAGGGAUGGUUUGAUGCUUUGCGGGAUUUGAUUGCACACCUGCAACAGAGGAGACUCUGGAUGCCAGAAUUCCCACCAAAUAUCCCACUCGAAGACGUGCUCCUCUUCCCAGCAGCAAGCGCGAAGGCGUCAGGCGCUGAUUCAGAUGUGGAGAGCUCGAAGGGAGACUACGGAGAUUACUCACAACGCUCUGAUAUUGCACCAUCACCGAUGAGCAGAAGCUACCUCGCCUGGGAUACAACCCCCUCAAUGAGCGGUGGUGGAUCAUCAGCAUCAAGCCUUCGAAUGGGACAUGGCGGAGGGCCACAGGGUGGAUACAGUGUCACACAAUUACUGCAAGAAGGAGGGAAUUCUGUGUUGAGUGGAGGGGACUCGUCGAGCAGGAUUGAUGUCGAUCUCGGGAGUUUACGACUACGAGAAGCCCCGGAAAAACGCGAUGACCCAACCCGAGAACGCGAAGAGGCAAAUCAAAGGCUUGAAGAUGCGGCCCAACAACUCCGCGAAGUCACCCAACGACUACAGACCCCGCUUCAACCCCCAAGUGCCGAUAUGUACAGCCGGAAGCCGUUGGUGGAAGGAAAUGGACAGGGAGGAGAUGGAAAAGGGAGGAAUCGACCUGCUAUCGCCCCUAAACCACAACUUUACACUGGAGAUAGCUUUUACAGAGAACGAGUAAAUGGCAGCUUCGCCGCCGCCGCCCCCACCACCAAUAAUAAUCAAGAGAAGAGGGGAGGAUAUUUGCUGGAAAAUGGAGGCAGAAUAUUGAAUGGACAACAACAACAGCAACAAUAUCGACACUCGAAUACGAUUCAAAAUAUCGAUGAAUCGCCAUCUGCGGCCUCUUCUGAGCCACGACCAAAUGGUCAUACACAUCAACAUGAAGAGGAACCGGUGGUGGUUGAAGAAGCGUCGUGUAUGGUCGGAGCCGAGGGAGGUGUGGUGACCUGCCCGGGGAGCCGAGUCGAACUCCGCAUCCCAGCUGGAGCACUACCCAUUGGCCAAAAACACGAGAUAUACGUCAGGGUAUGCCAAGAGGGAUCAGUCCUCCCACCCAUCGAUCCGAGCCGCGGGGAGACCCUCCUGAGCCCGUUGGUCAUCUGCGGGCCUCAGGGAUUGCAAUUUAACAAGCCGGCCGAGUUGAGGUUGCCUCAUAAUGGGUCCGUCUCAAACGAUCAGUGGCAAUUCUCACUAAAGACUGGAGAUGGCGGUAGAUGGACAAAUGUCGACAUUGACAAAAACACGGGAAUGGCCUCCCAAGAGUUCCUCUCCGUGCCGAUCCACUCCUUC